AUUGCUACCAACUGUAAAAUAAUCUGUUUUUUUACACGAAAAAAAUAGUUGUUGUCUUUGGUUUGUUACUGUGAUGUCGUCGUCGAGUAUCGAGUGUCGUCGUCUUUUGUAAAGUUUUAUCAAGAUAUUCCCGGAAUAAGUUGGUGAACGUGAUAACUUCUUAAUAGCUUAUGUAUCUAAACGUGACUUCUCGUAAAAUUUAUUUAGUGUUGGACUUGGAUAAAGAUUUGUGAUUAUAAGUUUCUAAUUUUAAUCAUCCCUAGUGGGAUUUUUUGGCAAAAUGAUGACCGAAAAUAGGAUUAGUUCGAGUAAUCACGUCGGAAACAGUAUGAACAAUCAGAAAGGAGAUGUCGAUAAAACUAUCGACGACAUCGGUUGGAAAUCUAAAUUAAAAAUACCCGCAAAAGACAGAAGAAUAAAAACUAGUGAUGUGACAGAUACUAGAGGUAAUGAGUUUGAAGAGUUUUGCCUGAAACGAGAGCUGUUGAUGGGCAUUUUUGAAAAAGGGUGGGAAAAACCUUCCCCCAUUCAAGAGGCUUCAAUUCCCAUCGCACUUAGUGGUAAAGAUGUGCUUGCCCGAGCUAAAAAUGGAACUGGUAAAACUGGAGCUUAUUGUAUUCCAGUCUUGGAACAGGUUGACCCCAAAAAAGAUUGUAUUCAAGCUUUAGUUGUGGUACCAACUAGGGAGUUAGCACUCCAGACAUCACAAAUUUGCAUUGAACUGGCGAAGCACACUGACAUACGCGUCAUGGUCACCACAGGAGGAACUAAUCUUCGUGAUGACAUAAUGCGCAUUUAUCAAAAUGUUCAAGUGAUAAUUGCUACGCCAGGGCGUAUGAUUGAUCUCAUGGAUAAGCAAGUAGCUAAAAUGGACCAGUGCAGGAUGCUGGUUCUCGAUGAGGCAGAUAAACUCCUUUCCCAAGAUUUCAAAGGAAUGCUGGAUAUGGUUAUUUCACGAUUACCCAAAGAACGUCAAAUACUGCUGUUUUCUGCAACCUUCCCACUGAGUGUGAAACAAUUCAUGGAAAAACACUUGAGGGAGCCAUAUGAGAUUAACCUCAUGGAAGAGUUGACACUGAAAGGAGUGACACAAUACUAUGCAUUUGUUCAAGAAAGACAAAAAGUUCAUUGUUUAAAUACACUUUUUUCAAAGUUGCAAAUAAACCAGUCUAUAAUAUUUUGCAAUUCAACUCAGCGUGUGGAGCUCCUUGCCAAGAAGAUAACAGAACUGGGCUACUGCUGCUACUACAUUCACGCGCGUAUGGCGCAGGCGCAUCGUAAUCGCGUGUUCCAUGAUUUUCGCGCAGGCCUCUGCCGCAACUUGGUGUGCUCCGAUCUCUUCACCAGAGGUAUCGACGUACAGGCGGUCAACGUGGUUAUCAAUUUUGAUUUCCCCCGCAUGGCGGAGACAUAUCUUCACCGUAUCGGACGUUCGGGCCGCUUCGGUCACUUGGGUAUCGCUAUCAACCUAAUCACGUACGAGGACCGGUUCGCUCUUCACCGCAUCGAGCAGGAGCUGGGCACGGAGAUCAAGCCGAUCCCGAAGGUGAUCGACCCGGCCCUGUACGUGGCGCGCCCGGACGAGGAUGACGGUGCCGACAAGUAACGGUGCCGCCCUCUGGCGCGUGAGGCCUGCGCUCGGCGCACCCUAACUGCGCACAUUAACUAUCUAAACUUGCUGACUGCUGGGUGAAUGGAAUUAGAAUAAAACUACAAAAACAAAAACUUAUUUGUAAAAAGUGUAAUGAAUUUAUUGUAACAAAAUGUGAGUGUAAAUAGUUUAUCGUGAAAUAAGACUUUAACCUAAAAUGGUUACUUUUAUAAAGUGUAUAUAAACGAACAUCAGGACAUUUGGAGUCAUCGCGUCCUUUGUCCAUAUUGGAAAUUGUGCGCGAAUUCCUACAUUGUUAAAACGUAAAAUAUUUAUCUUGUACUGUGUAGGUCUACCUAGAGUUUCUGACAGCUUUUCAUAAAUUUUGGUAGACUUUCAACAGAUGGUGAAGCAUUAUCUGCCCAUAUUAAAGGAAAAUUUGAGCUAGCACUGGUUUACUUUUUCAUGUCUUAAAAAUACGAAAAAUCUGUUGUAUGGGCAGAUAAGAAGUCUAGCUCAAAAACUAAAAUUAUUGUCAUGAUUUUUGGAAUCAGUGUCACAGAUGUUGUUUCUCACCGCUUGAAACAAUAUCUCAUUUCUUCAAGCCGUUGUACUGGUGGGGUUAAUACAUUAUGAGUUUUAUAUUGAUACAAGUCCUUGUGGUUUGAGAUAAUAUAAUAACUAAGAAAUUUGAUAAGACUAAAUUCUUGAUAUUUGUUAAUUCUUAGCAACUUGUAUUGUAUCAACCCUGUCUGCAGUUUAAACCACACAACAUUUUCUUGAGUUUGAAGCGGAUAGUCACAGUUCGUAAUUAUGCGCAGGCUAAUAUAAUAAGGCUUUGGUGGGCACUACUUAAGAGAUGGGAGAAAAUAUAUUUUGUAGUUAAUUUUUCUUGUUUACAAGUGAGAUUUUCUAGAAAUUGUAACUCAAAUUACAACAGUGUGUCCUCCUUGCCUUGCCUUAUGUGGUAAAAAAAAAAAUUUCAAUCUUGGAUACAAUGUUUUGUAUAACUGUGACUUUACAGGAUAGAGGAAUGAAUUAAUCUGUGGCGGCUUGCAGAUAAAAGUCCAUUCAUCUGUCCUAGGGAUUUUAUUUAGAGAGCUUUGUUUUGAUUGUUACACAUCAACAUUUAAUUUUAUUUUUGCUCUCUGGGGAUGAAAUAUUUCGGGAUUUCAAGUGAAGAGGAUUUGGUCAAUAUCCUUUUAUGUAGAAUAUGCCUUGCAUUUUUUGUUAUUUCCUGCUACUUUCUUAUAUAUAGUGUCUACCCAUAAAGGCACUGCCUACAUUUUGGUUACCUACUACAUGUUACAUAAUUAUUUAUUAUUGCUGACUGUAUUCUUCAUUGUUGAUUCUCAAUUUAACCUUGUUCUUGUCAAUUACAAUCUCUUUAAACACAAAUAUUCAUCAAGUGAUGUACAAAGAAAAGAAACUAAAAAUAUAUUUUCCUUUGAUAUUGUAAUUUUUUUAAGCUAAAAGAGAAACCUCUUAAUGGUGGAGCAAGAACCAGUUUCUAAAAUAUUAAAUAACUAGAUGAAACCCUAUGUGACUCAUAAAAUGUAGCUCGAUUGAGACCAAAGAAUUUGACAAGGUUUAAAUUGACAAUCAAUAAGAGACCUUUAGUUUAUUGGCUAUUCCAUUAGCAAACAUUGUUUAGUUUAAGAUUUUCGAACUUUAAAUAUUUUUUCUGGUUUACAAACAAGCUAGCUACCUUCAAAUAUAUCUGUGAUAAUAAUUACUAUAGUUUGAUGGUACAAAAAUGUUGGGGUAAAAGUUUUCAAAUAUAGACAGUCUUCCAAUAAGUUGUCAGCUUCGUCAAAACUUAACAAGAUGUUAGCCAGAUUAUAAUUAAAAAUAUAUAAAGAAAAUUAAUAUAAGGUUGCUGAGAUGGCCUGUUAUGUCACAGUCACACUGAUACUGUGAAGGACAUCAAACUAUUGAUGACAAGUUUCUAUUUUUGAGUUCUAAAAUUACGAUAUAAAAGAACCCCUACUAUGUAUCAAGAUAAUUAUAUAAUCUUUUUUAUUAAGACAUCCAAGCAAAUUUGGACAUCUGCAUAUCAAUAGUUUUUUUUUUAUAAAAAAUAUUAUAGUUUCAAUAUUAAUCAUGCUCUUAUACAAAAAAUGUGUACCUAAUCAUGGGCAGUGUCAUCUAUUUAUGUAAUAUUUCUGUUAAAAAUAUUAAAAAAAUGACCAAAAAUUAAACUCUUCACGCCUA